AGCUGCUGAAUCUGAUCCGCUGCUCAUCACUAAACAUAUAUCUCUGCUGACGCUGUGUGUGUUUUUAUUCUCAGGGCAUGAAGACUGUUUGGAGGUUUUACUUGAAUUUAAAACAUUAAUCCAUGAAGAGGGAAACUCUUUCACCCCCCUGCACUGUGCUCUGAUGAACGGACACAGCGGCGCUGCAGAGCGGCUGCUGGAGACAGCGGGGGUUCACAUGAUUAACACCAGAGAUGCCAAAGGAAGGACCCCCCUGCAUGCGGCUGCGUUUGCUGAGGACGUGGCAGGCCUCCAGCUGGUGCUCCGUCACGGCUCAGAGAUCAACGCUGUGGACGCCAGCGGCUGCUCCGCCCUGAUGGUGGCGGCCGACAAGGGGCACAGCGGCACCGUGGCGAUCCUCCUCCAUCGGGCCAAGGCUGACCUGACGCUGCUAGACGAGAACAAGAACACUGCCCUGCACCUGGCCUGCAGCAAGGCUCAUGAGAUGUGCGCCCUGCUGAUCCUCGGGGAGAUCCACAGCCCGACGCUCAUCAACGCCACCAACAGCACUCUGCAGAUGCCUCUGCACCUGGCGGCUCGUAACGGAUUGGCCACGGUGGUGCAGGCGCUGCUGAGCAGAGGAGCCACGGUGCUCGCUGUGGAUGAAGAAGGCCACACCCCCGCUCUGGCCUGCGCUCCCAACAAGGACGUGGCGGACUGCCUGGCUCUGAUCCUCUCCACCAUGAAGCCUUUCCCCCCGCGGGACCCCUCCUCCUGCUCCUGCGGCCCCCCCAGCGUGACCCCCUCCCCGGGGCUGAACCUGCUGAAGCACUGCGGCAUCACGGCCUCCUGCGCCCCGCUGCCCUCCAACGGCCUCCACAACGGCUUCGUAAAGGAGCUGGACGGCUGCCUGUCUGAGUGAGAGACCCAACCCCAACACCCCUCAGCCAGCUGCUAACACCACCACCACCACCCUUUAACCCAGAGGACCAGGAACCACACGUCUGUUCUGUGUGUGUGUGUGUGUGUGGUCUUCUCUUGAGGUGCAGUCAAACCUAAUAUGCAAUUGGAUCCAUUCCUCCAUCCUGUAGUGUAAAGCACUCUACAAGGUCACGCAGAUCCAAAACAAACACAAUCUGGCCGUUUAAAGAAUCAUUUAACCCUUUAAAACCAUAACAAUUAUAUAAUCUUAAAGCAUGGGAAUCAUAUCGCAGUAUAAAACACCAUAUCAUGUACCGCUGUGACCUUGUAGAGGAACCUUCCCUAAAGAAUGAUCACAGACUUCCUGUUUGAUUAUUCCUCCUUUUCCUCUUUUUUUUUUAAAUAUCCGUUAGAUUUUUAUGAAGGAAACACACAAGGGAAAAAAAAAAAUCUAAAUUCUCAAAGAGUGCAAUGCUUGUGUACUACAGUACAAACCGAAACGUUCUGGAAAAAGGGUCUCGAUUUAAUUCCAUAGUGUACUUUAAAAAAACAAAAACGGCAUUUUAGGACAACUUGGUAAACGCUGCUGAAUCCACACAUGCCGACUUCCUGUUCUAGAGUACGUGUUUGUUAAAGCUAGAAUGUUUCUAAGCGUAUAACUUAUGACCAAAGUUGAUCAACACUAUUAUGGCUAUAAAUUAUUUAUUUGAGAUAAAGUGUACUGUACAGAGAAAGACAAUAGAUCUCGAUAUACCUCGUCAAUCGUUUAGCAGCUGCUCUUUCCCCAGGGUCGAGGAGAAGCCGUAGGAUAGAGACCGAGGCCUUUGACUCUAGAGGAAGGCUCUAUAGUGAUAUCUGCCAACAACACCUCAUCAAACAUCGUUUAGCACAGAACGUGAACAAGCCAUUUCAAUUUCCCAUCUCGUUUCAACAGUGUUUCAGAACGGCCUCAAAGAGAGGCGUCAGAUUUCUGUUUUGUUUUUUUUACGGCACUUUUUGUUUGAUGUCUUCGUGGUCAAUUCAAAACAGAGAGUAAUGUCUGCUACGUUUUAUUGGGCAGUUUUCAAGCAAUAUUUAAUUUAUUUUGGCCGUUUUCUUUUUGUUAUGAAUAGACAAUCACUGUCACAAAGGGCUUUUGUUUCCCUGGAAUGUGUUUUCUUUUUAUUAUCUCAUGAAAUAAUUAACCUAAAGACUAAACGAAUGGCUCUGUGUGUGCCGGGCAUUUUACUGUCAGUGUCAACGCGAAUGCACUGGAUGGCCUUUUACGGCGUCUCAUGAAAUGCCUUUUUGACCCAUGCCUUCCUAACACAUCGUUUCAGUUGGAGCCCUGAGGAUCUCACACACACACACACCUUUUUACAGCGUUGUUGCACCCGUAGAAAAAACUCAAAAAGCCGGCGUAUUAAUUGAAUAUGUCCGUGACAGGGAGCUGCUUUCCCUCCCAGAGGCGAAACAGGGAUCUUCGCUGAGGCCAAUGCCUGUUUUUAGAUUUCAGGAAUAGCAGAAAUCCAAAUAUGUGCUUUUUUCUUUUCGUCGUCUCCUCAUCCCAUUUCCCUCUGGUACUAAAGAUGAUUGUAUCGGACCACUAGAGCUGUCAGUUUGUGACUUUAUAUAUAUGCUAUUUGUUUUUUUAAACCAUGUGCUGGUGGUUAGAUGACACUGAUUCAGAUCUGCCGGUAAUGAAGAGGCACAAUCUGCAAACAUGAGGCGACUGGAUGAGAGACGAGGACCUAGGGGAAGACCCCGCGAUUUAUUCAAAACUGACUGAAGUCCAUUUUUAGAGCAGAAACCGGCUUCGUUUACAUGCACAGAAUGAUCUGUUUCAUGCACUCAUUACAGAACAAGACCGUAAAGGAAGCUAAGUUUGAAUUAUUAUGAAAAGAACAUGUUUCAAAAAUGAAGAAGAUAAAGAGAAAAUACUUACUGUGAAUAUAAAUAUCCAAAAAACCAGUAAAAAUAUGACUUUAUUCUCAAAAUGCUAAAUAAACCUUCCUCUCUUUUCCUUCUUCAAGCCCCGCCCCGAGGACGCCUUGUUAAAAAGGCUGCUGCUAAUCUCCAGGUGCGUUUCUCCUUCAGACCCAGACAUUUCUCUUGGGCUUGCAUUUUACAAUUAAACCGGCACAAAGUCGGUCACAAACGGACUGAAAGCGUCUAAACGGGUCCCAGAAACGCCCGAGUAAUAUCCGCCUUUCAUUGGAAGAUGCAUCAAGGCUUGAUUUUUAAUAUCCAAACAUAAUAUAUACUCGAUGUAAUCCUCAUACGUGUGAUAUUUGUGUGCAUGUAAACGUGUCGUGGAUUUGCUGCUGAAAUGAUCCCGAGCCUUUUGGGUCUCUUGAACAAAAUUAAAUUCAGUUAUAUUAAUAUAGUUCUUAUUAGAGAUAGGUACAUGUGUUUGUUUGUAAUCUCAGGAUCUGUGCUGAAGCAGCAGGCAGAAUUUAUUAACCAAUCAGAUCGCAGCAUUAUAUCGAUUUGUUUUUGUGAUGGGAUGUUCAAUAAUUUAAUUUUCUUUGUUUGUUUUUGAAACCCAAAUCCCACAGCACUUAAUGAUUAGAUAGUGAAGCACGCACUUUAGUACAUUCAGGUUCUAAGUGUGCAACAUGGAGCAUAUGUCAGUGUGUACUUGUGUUUACAUGCGUGUGUGUUGCUGCUGAAUACAGGAAGGAAGGGUCGAGCAUUGAAAUCGUACUCAAACGAUGCAUUAUUUAAAAAACGAAAGACAAAAAAAACCACUGCCCUCCUCUCGUUUCUUUGUGUUAUAUUUCAGGGCCCAAAAUGAAAGUGACACGGUGACGUUACCCAGCCUAAAAAGUCACUCAGAGAAAUCUCUGCAGCUACGCACCCUUUGGUUGUUCCACAGUAUUCUUAUACAUGCUUUUUUUAUUUGUGUGAGUGAUUGUGCAUGGAGCGAGAUCAUGAUUUUGUAAAGAUUAGGGCUGCAGGACGAUUAUCUUCAUCAUCGCUUGGUGUUUUUAAAACGUCAGAACAUACGAAGGUGUCAGAUCAAGUAUGACAUGCUUCUUGUGUCACAGCAGGACAAAUAUAAAAGACGAGGAAGCAGAGUUUUAACAUACGGAAGGGAAACAUGCUCAUGACCCUCUUGGGUAGUGAAAAUGUUGCUCAAAGAUAUUCACUCUCAAACAGAGACGGCAGCAUGUAACCUGAUAUUUUCCUGUAUGCAAAGUCACGAUAAAUCGAUAAUGUUCUGGUUGUUGCAGCUCUGGUAGCGGUUAAGCUAAACGGAGCGUCUACCUGGUGAAGCAAUGACAGGUCCAACUGUAGCAAUAGAGAGAGUUACCGUGUGCAGCAGACACAUUGCACUGCCAUCCGUUCAGGCCAAGUCAGAGCAUAAAUGCCAAUGGAAGAUUUCUAACAAAGGGGUUUAAGAUGUUCUAAUAAUGAUGUUUGGUCACAAAUGAAGGCCUGUUUGCCAAAAUGCAUGGAGAGGUGGACGAGGGGAGGGCCUCUCUUUAUUAAAGCAGCAAAGGAUUUAUGCAUUAGCCGUUUACAGUCCAAUCUGAGCCAUGUGACUGACGUGAAUGUAGGGUCAGUUCAGUUCUCCAUUUGUACGCGUAGAUAUGACGCAGGUAGCAACAAACUCUCUACAUAUGUAUACGUAGUAGUCUUCCUGCAUUGAUAUCCUUGUUUUGUGUUGGAGAAUAGGCUUGUGUAAUAUUCUAUAUAUUGUGUAGCGUACAAGGUGAACAAGUUAAUAUUCAUCCAUUCCAUUGAGAUUGCCUUACAGUAAAGAGGGACAAACAGUAGAUCACACACUCGUCGUUUAAUAGCCUAUAUUUGACAAAAAUGCACCUAAGCUACACCCAUUUAGUGCCAUAGAAACCUUUAUUUGCCUUUAGACAUAAAUCAUACUCACAUGGUCAGUAAAUAUCCAGAAGUAGGCAGGAUUAUCUGUGUUUGGAGCCGCAUGUUUUUUCCACCAGUUAUUAUUAUUAUGUUAGUCAAAACUAUAUCAAUAUUUGCAUGGGAUAUUAAAAUGCAAGUGUUCUGUUGAAAUGGUAGAAGUCAGUUGUAUACUUUGACUUUUUGUAAUCCCUUUUGGUAUUGGCAAAGCAAUCCCUUGGUUGUGUGCGUGUGUGUGUGUGUGUGUGUGUGUGUGUGUGUGUUUAAUGAGAUAUUGUGUGAGAAAAAUAUAGUUGAUGUCCAAAAAAAAGCAUGGUAUAGAAUUGAUUUGCCUCAAACGGAUGUCUCCGCACUGUGGGAGAGGGUUAGGGCCACAUGAGAGAAACAUUUUGGGAUGGGACAAAAGUUUUUAAAAAAAUGGAGUUCUGAAAUUAAAGUCAAAAUUCUGAAUAAAGUCGAAAUUCUGGAAAAUAAGUCAAAUUUCUGAGAAAAAAAAAUUCUGGGAAAAAAAUGAAAUUCAGUGAAAAGAGUAAAAAUAGAAAUAGAUGUUUAAAAAUUCUGAAAAAAGUCAAGAUUCUGAAAAGAAAUUAGAUUUAAAAAAUUGUGGGAAAAGUGGAAAUUCAGUGAAAAAAUAAAAAUUCUAAAAUAAUGUUAAAGUUAUGGGAAGUAACAAUUCUGAGGAGAAAGAGAGAAAAAAACCUUAAAAGUCACAUUUCUGAGAAAAUAAAAUUUCUGGGAAAAGUUGAAAGUCUGUGGAAAGAGUAGAAAUAGAAAUAGAUAUUUAAAAAUUCUGAAAAAAGUCAAGAUUCUGAAAAUAAUUUAGAUUUUUUUUAAAUGGUGGGAAAAGUGGAAAUUCAGUGAAAAAGUAAAAAUUCAAAAAUAAUGUAAAAGUUAUGCGAAGUAAACAUUUUGGAGAGAGAGAGAGAGAGAGAGAGAAAAAUUCCGAAAACAAUUAUUAAACUUUCUGCAAAAAUUCCAAUUCCGGUCAAAAAAGUUAAAAUUCUGAAAAGUCAAAAACUGGGACAAGUAAAGAUUCUGGGAAGUAUUUUUUCACUUUUGCUCGCAUAUCAAAAACCUUUCCUCAUGUGUCCAAAACCCUCUUCCUUACGGUUCUUACUUGAAGUAAAACGGCAAAUCUCAAUUCAGCUCUCUCUCACUGUUGAGCCUUUUGCCUUAAAAAGCUGAAAAUAAAAUGACCUGGCAGUAAACGUGCGUCAGCUGUAGAGUUCUGCUCCUCGUUGGAUUGUUAAAUAAUACAAAUUAAUGUUGGACACCUUUGGGUGUGAGGAGGGUUCGACGGUUGCCGGUGGUGCAGAGAUUGUUAAGGAUUUCGCCAUAUUUGCCACUGUGAAUGAAUGCAUUUCACUCGUACAACAAUCAAAGUGGGCUCCUCCGUCACCCGGGGCCUGGGGGCCAAAGUGGGCUCCUCCGUCACCCGGGGCCUGGGGGUCAAAGUGGGCUCCUCCGUCACCCGGGGCCUGGGGGUCAAAGUGGUGUACCUCCGUCACCCGGGGCCUGGGGGUCAAAGUGGUGUACCUCCGUCACCCGGGGCUUGGGGGUCAAAGUGGUGUACCUCCGUCACCCGGGGCCUGGGGGUCAAAGUGGUGUACCUCCGUCACCCGGGGCCUGGGGGUCAAAGUGGUGUACCUCCGUCACCCGGGGCCUGGGGGUCAAAGUGGUGUACCUCCGCCACCCGGGGCCUGGGGGUCAAAGUGGUGUACCUCCGUCACCCGGGGCCUGGGGGUGAAAGUGGUGUACCUCCGUCACCCGGGGCCUGGGGGUCAAAGUGGUGUUCCUCCGUCGCCUGGGGGUCAAAGUGGUGUACCUCCGUCACCCGGGGCCUGGGGGUGAAAGUGGUCUACCUCCGUCGCCUGGGGGUGAAAGUGGUGUACCUCCGUCACCCGGGGCCUGGGGGUCAAAGUGGUGUACCUCAAAUACAGAAAAAAAAAGUCUGGAAUUGUUGCUUAUUGUACAGCUAUGCUAACAAAGAGUUAAAUCUCGUGGUCCAGUGUAAAUCCUGUAACCCAGCCGAAACCAGAGAGCUGUUAGAUUAGAUGCGUUUCCUACCUUUUGUUUCGUCGGCGCCUCUUCUUAUCGGACCUGCAGUUUUUUACCUCAUCGGUGAUGUUGCUGAUUUCUCUCGUGACUUUUCAAUAUAUGUCGGAAAUGUAAAAACAUGCACAAGCAACGAACCCUUUCUUUUCUUUUGUAGAGCACGUGUCUCUUCAUUGCAGCCCACAGAGGUCACACAGGGUGAAGGUAGCUAUAAAACUUUACCUCUGGAAGUCAGAAAGACACUGAAUUCGACCGUAUGGCUAACGCUAGUUCGACCGCCUUCCCUUCCCGUUCGUCCCCCACCAGGAGUGUGAAACACGGAGCACAGCGUGGCAUGGUGCCUUUUAUUCGUUACUACCGAAAGGUACGGUCUUCCAUUCGUAUUUCCCAGAAGCCUUAUAAUGGGAACAGGAAAUGACACUGACUACAGGCUCCACCCCCCCCUCUCUGAUCUGAAGAUAAAACUCAGAAUGAACCGCACAUAGCUGAUGCGAUUUCUAUGCUUUUGAUCAUAGGGCACAUCAACACAUUUGAAUGGAUGGGGGGUAUAAUAAAAAAACAAAAAGCACAAAUCCAAAGAAGGCACCAAAUUUAGGGUUUGAUUGUCAUAAAAAACACUAACUGUAGAGCGACCGGCGUCAGAGCUCCUUCUGAUUGUUCCUCUUCAUCCCAGAUCAAAGUAGGCAGAGUGUGACUGCAGACUCGAUGUGUUUCCUGCUGGUAGUAGCUGCGGUGUCGAUAACGGUGUGAUCAAACUAAUAAUCCAAGUGACGUAACCUUCGUUGUCAUUUAAAGGCAUGGAUCUCUCAAGCUGACUUUGUUUUGUGGAAAAUAGACAAAAGAUAAAAAGUGCAAUAACCUUUUGUUUAUCGUUGCUUCCUUUGAGAAAUAUUUAAUAUUCUGUUUAACACCAAAAGUCCCUGUCUGUAGCACAUGAAGGAUCUGGUGUGUGUGUGUGUGUGUGUUUGCUUUUCAUCUGAAAACUGUGAUUAUAAUAUCGGACUUUUAAGAAGCUGCCUGCUCAGAGGAAGGACUGUGCACAAGUUGACUGAUAGAUUUGAGUAGGUGCGUUUGUUUUGGACGUUGAUGGUAUUGUAGUUCUGCUUAUAGCCGGUUCAUUUGCAUGUGUAGACGUGAAUAUGCAUCCUCCUCCUCCUCCUCCUCCUCGAAUGAAAAAUAUUUAGACCUGCUGUCAGUGACGAUACAAGGAAAUAUGAAAUGCCUUAUAUUUGUUUUCAAUGUCGAGCAUUAAGGGUUCUUACCGUGUCCCUCCCUUUUCAGCGUGUACAGAUGAGACGCUCUUGAGAUUUAUAUCUACUGUAUAGCCUGUGUGUGUGUUUUCUGAUGUGUUUCCUGGAGCUCCUGUGAUUGUGGUUUUAGAGAAAAAACAUUCCCCUUUUUGAAAGUGCCGUUUGUUUUCACCAGCAGAGGAGGGGAACAUGUAUUUUCACGAAGGAAGACUGUCGAGCUGAAUGACACAAGGUAUUUGUGCAGGUGAAAUAAUAAGGCUUCUGAAGCAGCACCUUACAGACUUCUUCUCCUGGGGAAAUAGUCCCACGUUACUCUAAAGCAGAGCCAUAUCAGACCAUGUGUCCCUUAGGAGCCCCUUUGAAUGUGCUAUUAGGAAUAGCCUACUGUAGGAAAGGAUGUCAUUCUGCAUGUUCUGUGACUUAUUUUGGUAGCGGGUCGUCCCUUUCCCUUCCGUGUGUUUUUAUGUUUAGUCCGCUUCACUGUAGACGGCGCCACCUCAUUGCAACUCACGAGCUAUUAAACAAUCCUCACAACUGGACUGAGGGCAGCCUUAAAUCAUCAACAAGAUAAUAAAGGGUUGCCUGUUUUUACUUUGAGUGGCUUAUCUGGGGGAUUUAAAAAGGGGGGAGGGGCUGAAUCAGGGCAUGUGAUGAGUUACAAUCAAACAGUGCAAAGAGAAAACAUUUCAAAAUAAGACUUGGCUCGUCCGACCUACAUUCCAAAGUCCAUUUUCAUUUCUCCGCCGAUCAAGGAUUUUUUUAGCUUUUGCUGGUGAAUGAAGUGCGACGUCGAUGACAGGGUUCCCUACUUUUUAACGCUGAUUACCUCAUUUACAAAUCUGCAAAUAUCCUGCUCUACUGUGUGUAAUAAAGGAGUCGAUGCCAUCACCAGCACCUGUGAUGACGACAGGACCAACGGAGUUAGAAACAACAGCGUAGAGUCGACCGGGCGGGAGACAUGGGGUUCAGACGACAUUUUUACAAUUAUUUUGUGAGGCCGCUAAGAUGACUUCAAUGUCCACCGCCGCUGCACCAGUCUGCACCCAGAGGCGUAGAGAGGGGGGGUGCUAUUUGAGAUUUUGUGGUCAAAUAUAUGGCGGCGUAUUAGGGUCUUUGCAGGUGAAAUAAUAAUUAUAGAUUGGGAGAUAGAUUCUCAACAAGAUUUACGAAAAUCUCUGAGAAUAAAAUCUACUUUUUACGAUUUAAGAUAAAAGUAGUAAAAAUGUACGAUAACAAAUCUGAUAAAUUACUAGAAAAAGGCAGAUAUUUUCUGACUCAGAUUAAAGUUAUUGGCACGAAAAACGUCUGUGAUUAAUAUUGUUAAUCCACAACAAAAUGUACGAUAAUCUCUGAGAUUAAAAUCUACUUUUUGAGUUAAAAGUCUUAGAUUUCAAAGAAAAUAUUCGUUUUUCUGUAUUAAAAAAUCAGAUAUUUUCUGAUAGUCAUAAUAUUUAGAGAAACAAAAACUCACAAAUCUACAGAAUAUUAAAUAUACCCUUAGAUAAUCAAGUCAUAAAUAAAAACUCAUGAAAGUCUGAAAAAUACUUGUAAAAGGUGUUUUUCUCGUAAACCUGCGAGUUGUAUUUUGAUGACUUCAAUCUUAUCGCCACCCGUCUCCCCUCUCUCCCUAAUUUCAAGUAUUAUCAUUCUUACCUCUAAAGCCACUAAUACGCCAUUGUACAGAUCCAUAUCCCGCGUUAUUUAACUAAAUGAAAUCUCCUAACGGCAGACUGGACGGCGGCCGCUGGCGUUUCUCCACGUUAGCAUCACUUGCUGUUUUUCAGUAGCAUUUCUCCUACCUCCAUGUUUUGUGCAGCCUUGAGUAUCGUUUGUCUCUCCACCUAAUAAUACAAAAUAUUCACCGUACGGGAUAACAGAUUUAUCAUAAGCAAUGGUCGUUAAAAACAUAAAGUGUGCUUGGUUGUGCUGUAUGUGUAUAUGUCUUAUUUGACGUUGAUUAAAAAAAUAUUUAUGAGAAGCAUUUAUACGACAAAAUACCACUGGAAUGUGAAGCCAGACAAUGUUAUGAUGAUAGUCCCCUUUAACAUUCAGAGGAGUUUAUUUCACCAUGCAUUGGCUUUUAUUUGUAUUUCUUUGCUUUGCCCUGUGUAGUUUGCAUUACUCCGACGUUUACAGCUUCUCCGUUGUUCCCCCGCAGCUGUAAAAGAAACGAUAACAAAACUGGUGGAUUUGUAUUUCUGUACGAUGCCUUUCAACACAUCUGUCCACUCAAAACCAAAUUUUACAGGCGUCCGUCUCACUGCCCCCUUCAGUGUAACAGGGAGGGGGAGGGGGGGCAGGAGGUGAAAGGUUUGAGGUUUACGACCCCCCCCAUUUAACCCCUUAAUCCAGAACACCCCCCACCCUCUUCCUGAAACCUCAAGCCGUUCAUGAUUUUUAUUUAAUUUUUGUUUUUUUGUUUCUUUUUUCUCGACAAUGCAAUCCUGAAAGCACUUUGCCUUGUUAUUCCUUUGUGUGAACAUGUGAAUGAUGAUUUGUUACAAAAUGUUAAAUAUGUAAAAGAUCAUUCACUGUUUUGGAAAAACCUGCAUCUGUCUUUCUGACGUUAAAAGAAAAGGAAAAAAAAAACAAUUUAGUGACAUUAAAAACCUGAAUCUAUUUUAUAAAAUGUUUGCUGCAGCCAAUUGGUCUUGUCAUUCAGUAUUGUGGCUUAGGGUUGUUUGUGUUGAAUAAAGUGCUAUUGCUAAAUA